AAGAGGACAUCUGUUCGUCGGCAGAAUGUCUGUCACUUCUAUCGACUGAUGGUGCCGACUUCGUCUCUCUGUCAACAACUUGUACCCUUUGUGUUUCACAUCCACCUCAUCCACCACCAUUUCGACCCCGCUUGUAUGUGAGUAUAGAAGUACGUGUUGCAAAAUCCAUCCAAAAAUUUCAUUUCCCUCAACCAAAACCUAGGAGUCAGUACGUGAACGAAGGGAGAAGCCAAUAGGGAAAGUAGAGAUAUUUACACGAACUUUGAGGAUGAACAAGUUCUUGAUUCAUGUUACAACUACAACAAGUUCAUCAUCCUCGUUUUCGUUAUCAAGUUCACGACCUCAACAUCCCUGUAUAUCAGAUUUAUUGUAAGAACAAGAACUCCAUACUUUAUCCAUAACUGGUCGUUGCACCAGAAGUACAACUACUAGAGGACGUGCAGUCACUCCAGGAUCUACUGGGCACGGAAGAAAGAAAGAGAAGCAGCAGGAGAAGUAGCAAGGCUAUACGCGAUAUUUGGGCUACUUCCACAAACUGUAUGCAGAGGAGAGAAGCAGCAGGCACUUGCAAGAAGAUGUCCAAGUUCUCCCUCUCCAGUAUCUCGCUGAAUGACAUCAGCUACUCAGAGGACGAAGACAACGCGGAAAUUAUGGCUCUCUCUCUCUCUCUGUGUUGUACUACAUCAUGUUUCCCUGAAUAGUAAAUACAGUACAACUGGAUCGCUAGAGGAAAGGUACUGUUUAUAGUAUACAGUACUGGAUCGCUAGAGAAAACAAAGGGACUCCUGUUUUAGACUUUUGUGGAUUAGAUCUAAGAAAAAGAUCCAGGUAGAGGAUGUCCAAGAAGCUUUGCUGGAAGCAGGGAACGACUAUCAUAGCGCAUACGAAGAACCGCACCAUGAUCUUCUUCUAGCACGUACGGAUGCAUACGCGGAGGCAGGCAUUUUCGGGACGCCUGUCGAAGAUGCAGACGAGGCAGGAGACAUAGAUUAAGGAUGGGAGUUCUUAAUUUUGAUUUUCAAUUUCAGCAUCAUGUUGAUCAUUGUCGAGGAAUUUUAAUAAAUCAUUUGAUUUCCUAUGUCGUGGAGCAGGGUGGAGCAUUAAUGUAGUCAUUGCCCAGAAACCUAUCUAUCAAUGUUGUACUACGAGUAGAAUCCCCUUAAAAAUAAUGCUGAGAAGUCAAUCAAUCAGUCAAGAAUUAGUCACUCAAUCACAUUGCUUCCACAGGGCACCGACCUCCCCGCAGAACUAUACUCUAGGUCUAUCUUCCCUUCAUGCAAUGUACAACUAGAACUCGAAUCUAUCGUAUCCCCUCAAAAUAUAUUGAAGUUCUAAUCAACAAAAGGCUACGUCAGCGAAGGAGACUCAGACAUGGAGGAUUGUCCUUAUGAUUGUCCUCCCUACGGUGGUAUCGAAGAAGCGCCUCAACGGAGCAAUCCAACUUUCCUUUUCCUGUCGGAUGGUACUUGUUCUCUAGUAUGUGCGCUGGAAUCUCUACGGUUUCUUGCAUUUAUGAUAGUGAUGAAUUCUGUCAAGUGAAUAGAGCUCCUUCUCCUUGCCCGUUUACCUCAUGAAUGGGUAGUACGCGCAUCAAAAAAAUACAAAUCAAUCCUUGAUAAUUUCUUCAGCGAACGCCCGACAACAAGAAUCGCAAGAUGUGUAUGGACCGGUAUGGUGCUACGCUUUCCUCGUCUUCGUCCUCAUCGCUGUUAUGAUCUUCAGUGGACGAAACUACACAAUCUUCAUUACCACAAAACUAUUCGGAGGGACUAAACCAUCAAAAUAAUACUACUGGUACGUGGUACCACACGUACCAGUACUCGGUCACAAGAUGAAUCCACAACAUCCAGUUUAUUUUAAUAUUCUUUUUCUAAUCCACUACGUACCACUCCUGGCACUGACUAGUAGUACUAGUUGUAACUUGUUACUUACUUUUUACUUACUUGAUAAUUUAUGUGUGUAGGGAAUUCAUCUCCAAAGUCACCCGAAAGAAAAAGACAAGAGAAGUUGUUUCUAAUUUCGGGGUGACGUUCUUCACUUGGCUCUGCUGUUGCUCCACAGGUGGAAGUACAGGAUCGACGACCAGCAAUGUCACGUCAAAUUUGAGCGCCGAAAAGCGUCGACUGGGUGCCGCGUUUGGCAGGCCGUGAGUGAGAAAAUUUUCCAGUUGUACAGGCGAUUUUCUUCCUCUAUGUGCCUGCUGUUGUUGGAGUUUUCUUUGCUAUUAAAUUUCCAAGAAGAUGAUGAAAAUAGAGGAAAUGAAGAAAAGUUGUGAAUCUUUGAGAUGUUGAGAACGUUGUAUACCAUUAUUGAAUAGUUGAAAACAUUACACCCUCAUGCUCAUGCUCAUCAAGCACACCCGCCUCAUAGGAGAGUCUGUCGCGGCUGGGUAUUUAUUUUAUCUACUCUAAUGUAUUUGUAUACCAUUGUUGAUUGUGAAAUCAUACAACUAGAAGAUGCUCAUUCUGCGAAUCAAAAAAAAUUUCAAAUCUGAUAAUCUUGAGUGUAUACCAAUGUUGUGUACUUCUGCAGUAGCGUCAAGAUCGGAUGAAUAUCCCUUCUUGUACAUAGAGAGUUGAAAUAACAGUAUUGCUGUACUAGUCGUUAGAAGUUGAAGUUUUUACUUACAAAGUACAUAGAAGUGUUGUACCUCCUAGACUUGAAAUUAUACGUCGAACAUCAGCACUAUUGAUGCUGUUCCAAGAACUGAGAGUGUCCAAAACUACAGCACAGGAGGAACAAAUUAAAUAAACUACAAGCGGC